AUGGCCACUGCUUCGUUCAACUAUAGAAUAACAACGCUGUACGAAACAGCUGUCCAAAGACAGAAGGAGCAAUGUAUUAUGGAGGAGAUUAAGAACAAUAACCAGCAGGCUUUGCUAAAUUAUGAAAACCUGGUUAGUUUCAUUAAUGAUAAUGUAAAUUCGUUGAAAACACAAUAUGAUGUUAAAAGACUCUCUGCAGUGGAUAAAGUUGCUUUGAAUAACGUAUUACAACUGAAAUCUUCAAUCAUUACUAGGAAAAGCACAGUAGAGAAAAGAUUAAACCAUAAUGAAAAUUAUAAAAUUAGUGAUAUGAAUAGAGAUAAUAUUUCAAGUUAUUCUUCAUUUUUUUCAGCUUUUAAGAAACCAUUCAGACAACAACAACAACAAAAGACUCCACAACAACCUACAAAUGAAUUCAAAAUCCCUUCAAAUCCACAACAAAUCAAUUCAAAUGGAACAAGUACACCCAAGAUUAAUAAUGGUAAUUCCGAUUCAACCACAACAACUAGAAGAUCUCUUGAUAUUCAAAGAACAAGGAAACCAAGUGGUGAAUUUGCAAGAAAAGCAAGAUCUAAAUCACCUUCUUCCAGACGUGAUCGUCCUAAAUCAAUUGAUUUAACCAUUAAUCAAGCUGCUUUAUUAGCAUGGGAUGCCAAACAACAACAACAACAAAAUGGUCAAAAUGGACAUUAUAAAUCUUCAGGUACAACUUCACCAAGAGCUUCUUCACCACCACCAAGAUCUUCAAGUCAAACAAGAAUUCAUAAAUCUAAUCAAUCUUCUCAAGCUUUACCUAAAAGAAAAUAUGAUUAUGUUCAACCAAGUAUUAAUACACAAAUUAAUUUAACUCCAUUAGGACAAAAACCAAGAUCUCCAUCAACUGGUGUUCAAAGGAAACCAUCACCAAAGAGUCAAUCUCAAUUAAAAGAUGAUUCAACAAAAGAAAAGCCAAUAUUAGAAUCUGCUAAUGAUUCAAAAGGUCUUGGUAUACAAGAAACUAAUAAUGAUAAUAAUAAAUCAUAUUCAGAUCCAAGAAUUAAACAAGUUAUGAAGAGUUUACAAGGUGUUGAUAAACAAGCUUGUGAACAAAUUUUAGAUGAAAUUUUAAUUACAGAUGAAAAAUUAACUUGGGAUGAUCUUGCAGGUCUUUCAAUUGCUAAAAAAUCAUUAAAAGAAACCGUGGUUUAUCCAUUCUUAAGACCUGAUUUAUUUAAAGGUUUACGUGAACCAAUAAGUGGUAUGCUAUUAUUUGGUCCUCCAGGUACAGGUAAAACAAUGAUUGCUAAGACUGUGGCAAAUGAAUCAAAUUCAACUUUUUUCAGUGUUAGUGCUUCAUCAUUAUUAUCAAAAUAUCUUGGUGAAAGUGAAAAAUUAAUUAGAGCUUUAUUUUAUUUAGCAAAAAAAUUAUCACCAUCCAUAAUUUUUUUCGAUGAAAUUGAUUCUUUAUUAACUGCAAGAAGUGAUAAUGAAAAUGAAAGUUCAAGAAGAGUUAAAACUGAAUUCUUAAUUCAAUGGUCUUCAUUAUCUUCUGCAACUGCAAAUUCAACUCAAGAAAAUAGAGUUUUAGUAUUAGCUGCAACAAAUUUACCAUGGGCAAUUGAUGAAGCUGCAAGAAGAAGAUUUACAAGAAGAUUAUAUAUUCCAUUACCAGAAUUUGAAACAAGAUUAACUCAAUUACAUAAAUUAUUUAAAUUUGCAAAUCAUUCAUUAAAUGAAGUUGAUUUUAUAAUGAUUGCAAAUUUAACUGAAGGUUAUUCAAAUAGUGAUUUAACUUCAUUAGCAAAAGAAGCUGCAAUGGAACCUAUAAGAGAUUGUGGUGAUAAUUUAAUGAAUAUAAAUUAUGAUCAAAUUAGAGGUGUUGAAUUAAAAGAUUUUGAAACUGCAAUGAUUAGUAUAAAGAAAAGUGUUGGUAAAGAAACUUUGAAAAGAUUUGAUGAUUGGGCUGCUAAUUUUGGUAGUAUGGGUGCAUGA